AUGGAUGCUAGGACUCUUGAAGGGAAGCGCAACAGUUUGAAAGAAAAAAUGAUCAAUAAAGAUGAUUUCCUGACUGAGGAUGAUUUGGAAGAUGACAUGGAAGAAGAUGAGGGUGGCGGCAGUGGUGGUUUCAUCGACGAUGAAAAGAAGAAAGGAGUCGGUGUUAUGUAUGGGAAGAGAGGGACUGGUACUGGCGGAGCGUCCCCACCGUCUUGCCAAGUAGAGAAGUGUGGAGCUAAUUUAACUGAUGCUAAGAGGUACCACAGGAGACAUAAAGUUUGCGAGGUUCAUGCAAAGUCACCAGCUGUGGUUGUUGCUGGCCUCAGGCAGAGGUUUUGUCAGCAAUGCAGCAGGUUCCAUGAGUUAUCAGAGUUUGAUGAAACAAAGAGGAGCUGCCGUAGGCGUUUGGCAGGACACAAUGAGAGGCGCCGGAAGAGCACAGCUGAAUCUUAUGGAGAAGGCUCAAACCGCAAAGGGGUUGGCACUUCAUUGAAAGAAAGUCCGUGCAGGCAAGCUGAUGAAAGAGGAAGAUUUCAGAUAAGCAUCCCAACCCAAGGAAGUUCCUCUUACAAGCGAUCCCAGAUCAGAUAA